GGCCACUACGCAUAUGCUAUCGAGUGAUGUGGAUUUGAAAGAGCUUUCGGACGAAAUCUUGUUACCUUAGAGCAAGCCGGCAGGAAGGAUUCGCCAUUGGCGAUUAGGUAGGCCAAUGCUCGGCGUAGAUGCCAGCUCAUGGUGGAGCUGUACUGCAUCGCUGCAGUCGAGUGCACUGCACGCGGAUCCCAUGUCUCAUUAGGAGUGCAAAGUUUCAAACUGGCUUUCAACCCUUCUUUCUUCACAGUUUGCUUGACUCUACCUUGUAUUGCAUCAAACAGAGCCGAUCUUACCAUGGCUGGAGCGAAGUCGAAGUCGGCGAAGAGCGCCAACACAGGUGCCUCGAAGUCAUCAACUGGUGCUUAUGUUGCCCCGUCCACUGGCAUAUUUCGGGUUAUUCCAGCCACUUUCGUACCGUAUGCCGAGUUGAUGCGUUUGGAUCGACCAGCUGGAUACUACGCGUUCUUUUGGCAUUAUCUUAUCGGAAUCGCUUUCGCUGCCUGCAUUUCGCCCGAAGAACCGUCGCCGGUGGACGUUUGCGCUCACACUGGAUACCUGGCAGCAUGGGUCCUGGUCUAUCGAGGUGCGGUCUGCACUUGGAAUGACAACAUUGACCAGGAAUUUGAUCGUCAAGUCGCGCGCUGCCAAAAUCGACCUAUAGCUCGUGGGGCGGUCAGCACACGCCAGGGACAUGUCUUCACCGCUGCGCAAACGGUGGUCUGUGCAGUGAUGCUGCUUUGCUUCCCGUCUGCAGUGUUAGUAUACGCGGGAGCUAUGACCAUCGUUUUGGGUAUAUACCCUUUUGGAAAGCGGAUCACGGACUUUCCACAGGUCAUUCUGGGCUUUGCAUUCGCAGUGCCGAUUUUCCUGUGCUCAGCGGCGCUCAGAGCGGAUCCGUUGCUGGCACCAGCUACAGAAAGUUUGCGGAGAGGUUCGCUCUGCCUCUAUGGUGCAAACACCCUCUGGACCAUAAUUUUCGACACGAUCUACGCACAUCAAGAUAUCAAAGAUGACAUCAAGGCUGGGGUCAAGUCGCUUGCUGUUCGGUUAGGAGACCAAACCAAGUUCGGAUUGGGAGUACUCAGCGGCGUGCAAGUCGGUUUGCUGCUGGCAGUAGGUCUUUCCUGCGACUUGAACUGGGUCUACUACGUCAUCGGCUGCGGCGGAAGCGCGCUAUCGCUUUUCGGGACGCUAUGGUAUGUCGAUCUCGAGGAUCCUGCGAGUUGUGCUUGGUGCUUUGGACCGGGCUCCCGGUUCGUGGGAGCAAGCGUCGUUCUGGGGUUCCUGGGCCAGUAUACGACACGACUGAUCAUGUGAAGCCGGUGGUGCAAGGAAAAUAUGUUGACUGGAGGAAGCCGCCGCAGUCGCUCAACAAGUUGAGGCUGAAGUUGAUGCGGGUGGAUUUACACUAGAGACAUC